AUGCCGCCUCCUCCUCGUUGGCCAAUCGCUGCGAGAACGUGCCUUUCGUGUUCGAUGUCGUGCCAGGCGGGUGAGAUCCAGUUUGCAGCCGCACUGAUCGGACGGAUCCUCGACCUGCCUUCGUCUCAGGUGAGGUCCAGGGUGCAGCUGCACUCACCGCGCACGUGCGCCGCGUCGCUGUUGGGCGGCCAUCACCACGCGGCCCUGGACCUCGCCUCGGCGGGCGCCGCGGCCUGUGAGUUUCCCGCGCCCCGCCCGCCGAGCUCGGCGUCGAGCUGUUGGCGAGCUGGGUGCGCUCGCCGUGCCGAUGCUCAGAUGAUUCUCAAGUCGCCCUCCUUCAACUCGAAGCGCGCCGGGGCCUGCGCCGUGUACAGAGGUCUGGCUCGGGAGGUUCACGCAAUCCUCCCUCGUCUCGUCCUCUUCCCUCGUCCCUCGUCCUCUUCUUCACAUUCACUCAAUUGCAUGUGCACGCGUGUUUAUUUACACAUGUGUACAUAUCCUUGUCCAUAUCGCUGUGCAUAUAUCUUUGGAUCCACGGUGGACCUCUAA